GCUUUGUUCUCUGCCAACAUUACACUCGGCUAGUCGUUACUGCGGAAUAGGUAACAAACUAGAUGGGUUUACUGCGACAAAACAGUGUCGCCUUUUAAGGAAUCACAAUGCCAUUAAGAGCAGCCUGAGAUCAGAGAUCAAGUUAUAAAUCUGUUGACUGAUUGUUAUGAUUGACGUUAGCCUUUGCUAACUGCGACGUGAUUCUGUGUGAUUAAAUUUGAGCAACAGCUUUCAAAUAAUCGACCAGGUCAAUGUACCAAGAGCUCCGAACCGACUUUACAGCAGAUCAGCAGUGGAUACUCGUGUGUAGUAGUCUGACCUGUAAGAAUUCGUGCAUAAAACUUACCAGCUAUCCAGCUAAUACACCAAUCCAAGCACGUUAACUGGGAUCUGCUGGCACCAAACAUCGGUCGAUUGUACAGGAUCUGCUGUUAAACUUUAAAGUGAUUCUCAGACUGAUAUCUUGAGGUGAAAUGGAUGACUUCAGCUCUAUCAGUCUGCUGUCUCUGGCUAUGCUAGUCGGCUGCUAUGUGGCUGGAACAAUCCCCCUGGCUGUCAACUUCUCUGAGGAGAAGCUGAAGUUGGUGACGGUGUUGGGAGCCGGGCUGUUGUGUGGCACUGCGCUGGCUGUCAUUAUUCCAGAGGGAGUUCAUGCUCUCUAUGAGGAAAUGCUGGAAGAUGGGCACCACCAUGGCCACGGGCAGGUGGAAGCGGGAGUCUCUGAACCGAAGGUUGUAGAAGGAGUCGUGGGACAAAGCGCUGAACACAGCCACAGUCACGAGCAGCUCCACGCUUACAUCGGCGUCUCUCUGGUGCUGGGCUUCGUCUUCAUGCUGCUGGUGGAUCAGAUCGGCAGUUCUCACAUGCACAGCACUGAUGAUCCAGAAGCAGCAAGGACUGCUAGCUCUAAGGUCACCACCACACUUGGAUUGGUCGUUCAUGCUGCAGCUGAUGGUGUUGCUCUCGGAGCGGCUGCGUCCACGUCUCAGACCAGCGUCCAGCUCAUUGUGUUCGUGGCAAUUAUGUUGCAUAAGGCCCCUGCUGCGUUUGGACUCGUCUCUUUCCUCAUGCACGCGGGUUUAGAAAGAAACCGUAUCCGGAAACAUCUGUUAGUCUUUGCCUUGGCUGCCCCUGUUCUGGCCAUGCUUACCUACGUAGGACUCAGUCAGAGCAGUAAAGAGGCACUCUCUGACGUCAACGCCACCGGCGUGGCAAUGCUGUUUUCCGCCGGCACCUUCCUGUACGUAGCCACAGUGCACGUCCUCCCAGAAGUGGGCGGCAUGGGCGGCCACAGCCACUCGCCUGGAGCCAGUGCAGGGAAGGGACUGAGCAAAGUAGAGGUUGGAGCUCUGGUUCUCGGCUGUCUGAUUCCUCUGGUGCUGUCCAUCGGCCACCAGCACUAGUGUCCUUCACUCCAAGCAACAAGGUCUGAAAAGUGUAACCGGGACUUGGCCACAGAUGUGGUUUGAAUCAUGCCUCCGUCCGUUUCUAAAAGUUGGCGGUUGGAGUGAACGCAGGAACAUUGCCGUUAGGAUCAAGAAUUGAGAAGCGCCUAUGGACUUCUGGAAUGGGCAGCCCUGUCCCUUCAUAAAGCCCCCUGGGCUGACCGCUUACGAUGGCCAUACACCAAUAAACGCGAUCAUGUGUCCACCUCUUAAUUUGAUGUUUUCUUCAGUGGUGCUGGUUUACAAAGAUUCGGUUACUGUUGGUUCGUCAUGUAUGCUUUAAAUUUGGUAUUCAAUCGGUUUUUAGAUCAAAUUUGUCCACGAAUCUUUUAAAAGGUGAACCCAGCACAAUUGUGCCCAUUUGCAAUGAUGCUAAACGUUUAGACGCUUUACAAACAUUAAAUGGAUUGAGUUUAAUGUCCCUCUUUUUCUACAGCGUCGGUUAGUUGUUUGAAACUUUGAUCAAAUUUCAGCUUGCCUAAGCUAGUUAGCUAAAACACUUUUCAUUAAGAACAUUUCCAAAGUUGUCUGUUUUUACACCAUUUUUCAAUGUAGUUUUAUUAAUGCUAACAGUUAAUGUGGGAACAUGCUCUGAUGUCCGGGGCUUUGUUUCCCUCCUCUAAACUAUAGUACUUUAUUCAAAAAUGUCAUCAUGUGUGUGGUUAUUGGACAAAUGACAUCUUUUUUUGCCAGUAAUAUUCAAAUCUUUGGAAGUACUUGUAUUUUUGCAGUAAAUUUCAAACAGUUGCAUAUUUCAUUUAAAUAUUAUUGUCAAAUGACACUUGAGAAAUGUGUUGUGCAAAGGCUUGCUGGUGGACAUUGAUCUGUUCAGUACAUGUACAGCUUUAUUAUCCGACUUCCCAACUAUUUUUCAAACCUGACUGGUUGUUUAAUCCUGAUUUAAGGUCAUUCAGAUGUUUUGUACUGUGAUGCCUGCUCCGAGCAGAGUCUGUGUACUGUAAAUAUGUAUUCUUUGUAUAAAUGACAAAAAAAAAAAAGCCCUAUUUGACAUCCUGUUUGACACUCUAAGGAGUUUUUAGUCUCAUUUUAGAAUGGGAAGGAAAGAUUGUUUUUUUUUUUUUAAAUGACGACUGUUGAUACUUCCAUUUUUAUUUGGGACUUCUUUGAGAAUUUGAGGUCAGUUGGAAAGAUAGAUGCUGCUUUGGUCGGCUGACAGUUUUAAAUCUGCAAACGGGAAAGCUGCUGUGUUCAUCACCAAGUUACUUAAAGGUUGCCUCUGAAGCUUGAAUAAGAAAAUGUUAUUAGACUUCUGGGGCCCACUUGGACUCCAGUAACUCCCUGUGGUCCUGGUUUACCGUCCUCACAGUGUGUUUGAAAGCUGUUAGUGCUUCUAGCUCUCUAGCGCCCUCAUCUUACCACAGCGCACAAGUGCAGCUUCAACCUCAAAUUCUGAAAAAAACCCUGAUGAGAGACUUUCUGCUGAUUUGUGUAUAAUUAUUAUUUUAUGACUCCAUUUAAAGGGAAAACUAGAUAAAUGUAGUCUCAUUCGAAUACUACGACAUGACCUCCCAGAAACCUGGGACAGAUGUAUAAUGGAAAUGAAUGGUGACUGGAUAGAUGAAGGGUUGUGCCAAACUGACUUAUUUCUGCUCAUACAGUCUCAGAGAUUUUACAAUGUGGCGAGAUUUGAUGUUUUGGGCUUUUAUGUGAUCAUUCCACAAAAAGGACUAUGCCUUAUUUUUCUCACAGUUUUUUUUUUUUUUUUUUUUUUUUUUUUUACUUAAAAUGGUUUCACAAUGAUUUGUUCAUGAUUUUAAUCUUUUUUUUUUUUUUUUUUCAGAUACUUAAUAUGUACCUUAUUUUGCCUGUCUAAUGACAUUUGGAAUUGCAUUGAGAAAUAUUUUCACUUGUGAAUUAAUGAAGCAAAUAAAUGGUCAAUGAGUACUUGUUUAAAGAAAA